AUUUUAUAUAUAUUAUUCUCUUCUCACUUCAUUCAAACUCUCAUUCCAAACUAUGACUUUUGCUUUCCUCGCUAUUCACAUGUAGAAAAACCUAGCUAUAUUUCAUUUUCUUCUCAGAUAUUUGUUUUCUUUUUCAACUCUCAUUUUAAAUGAGAAAAUCUUUUCUACCAAUCCAGUGGAAUUUGUUUACAAUAAGAUCAGAUAUUCAUAUUUUCCUGCACCAGCACAAGCAUAAGCAUCAAGUGUCUAAUUAGGUGCUACUUUCACAACGUUUUUUUUGUUUUUUUAAUUGUUUUGGAAGUACCUUCCACUUCAAGUUCAAACUUCAAACUACUUUUAGUUUUGGAAUUUGCUAUAGGUCUAACUAGUUUAGGACACACAAUUUUUCUUCCAUUCAAAAAUGAUGUCUAAACAACCCUUUUCAGUUUCACCUUCCAAUUCCAACACCAUGAGAGCUUCCUCCUCAAAUCAAGUUCAACACUCAAACCCUAAUCCAAAUCCAGUUCCAUCUAAGAAAAAAAGAAACCUACCAGGAACACCAGAUCCGGAAUCAGAAGUGGUUGCUAUGUCACCAAAGUCAUUGAUGGCGACGAACCGUUUCUUAUGUGAAAUCUGCAACAAGGGUUUCCAAAGAGACCAGAAUUUGCAGCUUCAUCGGCGAGGACACAACCUACCAUGGAAGCUGAAGCAAAGAGCAAACAAAGAUCAAAUUCGAAAGAAGGUUUAUGUGUGUCCUGAGAAGACUUGUGUGCACCAUGAACCUUCUAGAGCUUUGGGAGAUUUGACAGGAAUAAAGAAACAUUAUAGUAGAAAACAUGGUGAGAAGAAGUGGAAGUGUGAAAAGUGUUCCAAGAAAUAUGCAGUUCAAUCUGAUUGGAAAGCUCAUAGCAAGAUUUGUGGAACUAGAGAGUACAAAUGUGAUUGUGGCACAAUUUUCUCCAGGAAGGACAGCUUCAUAACACAUAGAGCUUUUUGUGAUGCAUUAACUGAACAAAGUGCAAAGAUAACAACGGUUCCGGCAGCUUUAAGCAACUUUCGGAAUGAUCAUUUGACGAAUACUCAAACUCCAAGAAUUCCUCAUAUUUUUCCUGGUUUUCAGUUUCACUCGGAAUUUGUUAAUUCAGCAACAUCAUCAGAACCACCAUUGGGAAAUUACACUAACAUUUCUCAACUUCAUCAAAAUUCUGAUAUAAUGCAAACAAUGGAUGUGUUUGGAUCACAACCACAGUGGCUGAAUUAUAAUAAUGCUAAUCUAUCUUUGCCAAUGCUACAUGGAGUAAUGAAACAAGAACAAGAAGAAAACAAAGAUUUGUCUGCUAGUGUAAUAAGCUCUUUGUACUUGAGUAGAAGUCAGAAUCAGAAUCAGCAAGAAGCACCAAAUCACUUGUCAGUAACAACAUCACUGUUGCAGAAAGAAUCUCAAAUGGGAUCUACAAGGACAAUAAUUACCAAUGAUAAUAACACAGUCUUCAAUAAUUUGAACCACUUUCACAUUGUUCAUGAGGUUCAGAAAUUUUAUAACAAGCAAUGUGAAAGUGAAGAGUUGAAUGAGUUGGUGAAUUUGGAGGGAAGCAAUAGUAGCACUAAUCUUGGAGGUGGGUAUUUAUUAAAUGAUUCAAACAAUAUGUUUGGGAUUGUGAAUGGUACAAAGGAUUUGGAUCAUGUGGUAUUGUCUGUGGAUAAAGAGACAACAAAUAGACAAAUGUAUGAUUCAGGUUCAAGGUCAAAAGAAAAAAACCAAAUGGGUUUUACAAGAGAUUUUCUUGGGGUUGGAGAAGAUGACUCAAUGAGUAGACCUUUUUUGCAGCAAGAACUUGGUGAGUUUAAUGGAAUGGGAUCAUUAGGAAAUAAUCUUCAGAGCCAGUAUGGUAAUGGACACUACUGCUAGAGUUCUCUAUUUCAAUGAAAAUGUAGCUCAAAGAGCUACAAAAUUACUAGUGAGUGUAAUGAAGUUACUAUGUACUCUUAUUAGCAACAGCAUGUGAAAUUGUAGUUUGAUAGUCGUAAUUGUAGUUGCAAUGCAGUUGUGGAGCCCUAAUCUAAUUUUUUAAUCUAUUAA